AAGACGGGCCGGUUCCUCGCUGGCACCUGCUUCCAGACUUGGGAGAGCCAUGAGGACUAGUGGCUGGGUGCUCCCCCUGUUCCUUCUGCAGCUGAGCUCUUCUCACGUCCUGCACUGGACCUACAAAGGGGAACUGGAUGAAGUACACUGGGGGAAUCACUUCCCAGACUGCCUCGGAAAGCGUCAGUCCCCCAUUGAUAUUCGGAAGAGGUCUGUCCAAUACUCUCCGGAACUGGAACCGCUGGAGCUCCACGGCUAUGCUGGGCCCCUGCAAGGAACCUUCACCAUGACUAACAAUGGGCAUUCAGUCCAGAUAGACCUUCCUUCAACCAUGACCAUCACCAAAGGGCUUCCUGGCACCUUCACGGCUGUCCAGUUCCAUUUCCAUUGGGGAGGAAUGGAUCUUGAGACCAGUGGCUCGGAACACACAGUGGAUGGGAUGAGGUACAUUGCCGAGCUGCAUAUCGUCCAUUACAACUCAGCCAAGUACACAAGCAUCGAGCAAGCGAAGGUUGAACCGGAUGGCUUGGCAGUUCUGGCUUUUCUCUUUGCGGAUGGCAACCUAGAAAACACUUACUAUAGCGACUUCAUUGCCAGCUUGGCCAAAAUCAAGUUUGCAGGGCAGUCAACUACACUCAACACUCUGGAUCUCCUAUCCAUGCUUCCAGAAAACCUUGCCAAUUUCUAUAGAUACCAAGGCUCUCUGACCACACCUCCAUGCACAGAGAACGUCAUUUGGACUGUAUUUGAUUCACCCAUCCGGCUGUCUCACACGCAGGUUAAGCUGCUGGAGAAUGCCUUAUUGGACUGGGAGAACAAUACCCUGAGGAACGAUUACCGCCGUGUCCAGCCCCUCAACGACCGGACAGUCAAAUCGUCUUUCCAAGUCAAGGUUACCAAAGAAAUGUGUCACCCGUCAGCCGUCUCUUCCACGCUUGAUGAAAUACGGACUCAGCUGCAUGCGAUGAAGAAGAACGUGCUGGCUAUCAUGGGGAAACCUGGACACAUCCCGGUCCACACCCAAGCUCUUUACUUCUCCCGUGACAACACGGCCAGCUACGCCGAGGUGCGCCCCCUUCAGGCCAUGAUGCUCAAAACCUUCACGCUUUGCUUCUGGGCCCAGAACCUGAACGAAGGGCGGCAAACGGUCUUCUUCUACUCCACCCCAGAGAGGGACAACGAGCUGGUGGUCACCGUGGGCAUCGGCGUGGGCGUGUCCAUUGGAGGCAUCUCGGUGCAGUUCGACUUGCACCGCAAGUCCGAGGAGUGGGUCCACCACUGCGUCACCUGGGCCUCCGACUCGGGCACCGUCAACCUGUGGGUCAACGGAGCCAAGGGCACAAUCAAGAAUGUCCAGAGAGGCUACGAGACCCAGAGCGGCGGGAAGGUGCUCCUUGGGAAGUACAAGAACCCUGUGAUGGACAUCUUCGCCAACCCGUUUUCCGGUUGGAUGAGCCACGUCAACCUCUGGAGCAGCCUCCUAGACCACGAUGACGUCCAGGAGCUCACUUUGUGCAAGCAUGGCAACCAGAAGGGGGAUAUCAUAUCUUGGGGGGAAACACCCAUGACCUUGUGGGGGGGAGUGGUGGUGGAUGCUGAUACCAGCUGCGGGUGAUUCUCGCUGAUCAGGCAUGAAUCUGUGCUGAGGUGAAAAAAAAAACCCUGAUUGGUUGGGACACAAAUGCAGCCUUUACUCCCCUCCUUUCCUUCAAGAUAUCCAGAUUAUAGACUGAUUCUCCUUCCACGCAGAGAGCUUCUCUUGGACUGGGCCAGAUCCUUGUGGGGAGAGCAGGGGAUAUUCUCAUUGCAGGAGAAUCUCGCCAUGCGAUGAGGAGAAUGCCCCGUAAUUCUUUCAUGUUUAUUACCGAUUAUGUCAGCAUGGAAUUGAAAUGAACACAAACUGCAGGAGAGGGCAAGAGGCAGAG